GCGCGCUUUUAAAUGGCAUCAAAUAUGUAAACAAACAUGGCGGCUUCGCGCGAGUGCACAAUUUUUGUCACAUAAUCGCGAAGUUUACUUGACGAGAGUGAAACGGCAUCGAUACUUUCCAGUAAAUGAGCACAAUAUUGACAGUGAAAGACCAGAAGUUUACACAACGCCUACACAACAUCCGUAAUGCGUCGGGUCGCUUUCGGAAAGUGGAAGCGAUCGAAACCAGAAAAGAAACAAAAAUAAAAAGGUUACACGGAGGGUUCAAAACGUGGAAGGCCAAACGGAAGCUCCAGUAUGAUAACAUAUCCAUGGAAAACGAACCCCCAGCAAAACGAAUGACACGAGCACGUGAGAAUAAAGCUAAGAGGAAGGCGAACCUGCCACAAGGAUCCAGACUGGUGGACUUAGAAACCCUUACAGAUGGUCUGAAGGAAUGUUUAUUUUGUCAUUACGGCCCUUUGUCUCUUGGCAAUGUUAUUGAAGAACAGCACAGUGGCUUGGCAAGCACGUUUACUGUUAUAUGCAGCCAAUGCAAUGGGGGAAACACCAUUAAAACAUCAAAAGAGCACAGAUCUGGUGCACGCGCAGCAUCUGCGAAGUCCAGAGAUGGUCUACUUUCAUUGGACAAGUUUCAUUAUCUGGAUGUGGCCCAAAUUGACGUUAUCAUGGUGUACGACGAUCUUGAAUGCAUUUUUGAAUGCCUCAACCAUCCUCUCUGUAUGUCUGUGAACCUGGGCGCUGAAGAAAAAUUGUGGUGCGAGUUGCUGCCUUCUGACAAGGAGAACAACACAAAGAAGUAUUACCAAAAGAAGAGUUCACAUCACUAUUACUUUGAAGUAAGAAACCAAUGCCAAAAUUAA